AUGACAGACGCUUCCCAGGACCCUUCCUCGUCCCUGCGUCGCCGCUCCAGCCUCUGGAAGGCGUCCCCUUCUCCGUCGCUGCACUCGACCUCCUCGGCCUCCUCCUCCUCCCACAACUUCCUCAAACGCGCCCACAACCUGCUAUGGGCCCUCAAACGUCCAAGCUCCAACUCGCUUCAUUCGCAGUCAAAGUCUCCCCUUCGCAAUCUACGCCAGCCCAGCAACCUCGCCAGCGUCGAGUCGCUGGUUCCUCCGCCCUCGCCGUCCCCGCCGGCCUCGCCAAAGUCAUCAAAAUCCUUCGCCAAGAACACAUGGCUCAAGCCCCCGCCCUCCCCAUCGGUUUCGCCUGAGCAGCCGUCCCCACCGUCCUCCCGCCGCUAUCCGUCCCUGAGCAUCCACAUUCGCAACAAGAACACCUCGCCCACGUCCUCGCCCUCGCCGCUUGCCUCACCCACAUCCCCAAACUCGGCAUCGUCGCCGCGCAUCCUCGUGCCCUUCCAGUCCUUCUUCAAGAGCUCAGGCAGCCCAAGCACUUCCAAGGGCCCGCAGCUGCCUAUCCCGCGGCUGCGUCCGCCAAGACCUGUGACCAAGCGUGCCAGCUCCAUGGUCAUCAAGCGCACCGACUCCAAGCUGCCCAGGCCCCAGGCCUCGAGCGCGAAUGCUGGACAGACCUCCUUCCAGCACGCCCUCAAGAGCGCCGCUGACUUUGCGGGUCCUCGUGCUCCAGAGCUCUCGAAUACCGUCUCGCAACGCAGCUCCAUCCUGGUCGGCGACUCCCUCAAGGCUUUCUACUCGGAAGUCAUGCGUCUUGACGCCGACGACGUCGAUCUCGACGAGCUGGAGGCUGUGCUGGAAAAGUACGAGGCGCGCUAA